AUGGACAAAGAUUCAUCAGUUUCAGCUGCAUCUAGGAGGAUGGCGAUCAAUAGUACAAUAUUUUUACAUAAAAAUAUUCAUAAAGAAACUUGAAAGUUCCCCGACGGACGAACAGUAAAUCAAAUUGAUCACGUGCUCGUCGACACUGGAUUCAGAUAUAGCGUAAUAUAUGUGAGAAGCUAUCGAGGGUGAUUGUAACAUAGACUAUUUCCUAUUCAUCUUCAGAAUCAUACUCAAACUAAAAAGGAGGGUACGGAUAGAACUAGAACACCCAGAUUCAAUUUAGAAACCAUCAAAGGCAAGGAAGACAGAGACAAUUUCGUUCAAGAAGUUAAAAAAGAACUAUUGGUAAGACGAGUAGGCCAUGAUAUUGAUAAUUAG